AUGGCCAAGUUAGGGGUUUCUGUGGCACUGUUUCUAGCAUUUGCCGUUUUCGGCAGUGCUCGUGCUUCUUCCAAUGUUCCCGUCUUUGUCUGGGGCAAACCAUCUGUUACGUAUGUUCCGGCCCUCAGCCGCUAUUCAAGCUCGGAGUUCGCAGCAUUGGUGGAGGCUCAAAUAGAUGAACAAACUUUCACGGUCGUGUUUGCGGAAGAACGGCUUUCGGCGGAAGAUCUCAGCCAGUGCAAGCUGAAGACGCAAACUUGCUUCAAGAAUCUGCAGAAGUUGGAACGUAAGUCGUAUCUUCCGAGUGUUGAGGAACCACUCAGUGUGCUGGAGGGUUCAAACGCCCAGAGUGUUCAGCUGCUCUCCGAUGGAUCGCUCAGCGAACGCAUCGUACCUCAGGCGGGUGGAAUUGUGGUGGUAAAUCUGUCAGGUGGUGAUUUUGCGUCACAUGAUGCCAUCAUCGAUGCACUGUACACGCGUCUACACAACGCUCACCCCAACAUUGUGGCCAUCUACACCGCUAAAACACCAUCGUUCAGCUACUCCAGCUUGGUGCGUAAGACUCGCCAAACCGAACCGGAACCAGCACCAGCAAAGGAGGUAUUGACGGCUGAUGGAUUCCUGAUGGUGUACGAAGAGUUCAAGUUUGGUCAAGCCGAUGCUGAAGAGCUGACGUCUGCUAAACUGGUUCAAGCUGCUAAAAUUGAAAACACCACCACCGAUGCAAUACAAAUUCGUCUGACCGGAGCAGGUGCACAGGUGGAUCUGUUCUUCCUGUUGACCCAAGGUUCGUGGGAAAUCACGGGCGUGUGGUUCGAAAAUCAGGAGUACUACCUGCGCCACCGGGUCCACGUUAACCAACACUUCUCGUACAGCUGCAAUGAGUGGGAAUACUAUUCGCUCGAUUUGCAGAAGAAAAUUGUCUUCCAGGAAGUCCAGCUGCAACCAUUCUGGCCGAAUGCGGAGGGUGAAGCCGUGCCAACCAACCGGUUCGGUGACGCAUGGUACUGCGUUGGUUUUACCAGCGGUGGCAUCCUGUCCGGACUGUUCCUAAUUCUUAUUUUCAUCAUUAUCGGCUCCUACGGUAUCACCUGGAUGAUGGAUAUCCGCACGAUGGAUCGUUUCGAUGAUCCGAAGGGAAAAACAAUUACGGUGAAUGCCGCUGAAUAG